AUGGAUACCAUGGAGGGCCAGGAGGUGGAAAUCAAUCUUAGUUCGCCAACCUGCAUAAUCCACUUUGAAGGAGAGGAAGGACCCCUUACUUGCUUCACUGAAACGUCGUUUGAAAAGUUCCUAACAAGCCACGAACAAUGGAUAGGGCUAGAUGGUCAACAGCAAGAGAUAGCUGAAAGAACGAGUGAUAUCGUCAGAAAUAUCAGAAGUCUGGAGCAUCCACUGCAUAUGAUCCAGAAUUUACUUUACCAUAGAAAAUGUUACUCAAAAUUCACUAAUGUUACCUCGAUCAAACGUGCUCAAUCUAGAUGUUCAAAGCAAUCAGUCGCAGUAGAAGCGGAUGAUCAAAAGGUUCAAGAGACAAUGAGUGAACAUUCUCUUCCACCAAAAAAACUAAUGAGAUCUGACAAGUCAAAUGCUUUUAAAUCUCGGAAUAGGAAUGUUUUGCCACCUGUUUGUCUUAUUUGCCAAAAAGAGAACACGUAUAUUACUGAAUCAGUGAGUAAUUGAUUUUUGUACUGAUUUUUGCUUAACUCCAUUUCCUAGGCCCUAGGCUCUAACAUCACUGACCCGGUGGUGAUGUGCAUGUAAAGGCUUUCAAAAACGAUAUAACGACCGCAUUGUUUCUAAGCUGCUUUGUACGAUUUGUUGCCGCUCAAUUAAACUUCAAAAUAAAAUAAAUUUAAUAUCUCGUGUUUUGUUUAUAAUUAAUAUAUAGGUCACAAAAAAACGCAAAUUGGACCGCUUAGUCUCCUCGGAAACUAUGGACGGAGGGAAACUACGAGAGGCUGCAAGAAAGAAGAAUGAUGAAAGGAUUCUUCUUCAAAUUAUAAACAAGGACUGUGUUGCUGCAGAAGUAAAGUACCAUAGACGUUGUUACAAGCGCUACGUAUCUCCCGUGGAGCACAUAAAUGUAACGGAGGGAGAAUUCGAAGAACGGAUAUAUGACAAGUCGUUUGAUUCUUUUUGUGUUUAUGUGAAGAAAAACAUUAUCGACGACCACAACAUAUUUUACAUGAAUAAGCUAAAGAAUGAAUUUGUAAAGAUUGUUAAAGAUUUGGAAAAUGAAGACGCAUCAAACUACCGAACAUUUCGUUUAAAAGCAAGGCUGCAAGAAAGAUUUCCGCAUCUCGUUUUCCAUACACCAAAGGUCAGGAACAGAAGUGAGAUUGUUUAUGCAGAAGACCUAAGUCGCGGAAAUGUAGCAGAGAUGAUAUUGACUACGGAGGAGCAGAGCGAUUCGGAUGAGACGGAGAAUGACGAAAUCGGUGAACUAAUUCAAGACACCCCAAGGAAAAAUGACAAGAUGGUUCCAAACUUAAAAGAACUAUAUUUAUCUGCGCUUACAUUGAAAGAGAAUAUUCGUCAGCAUCAAGAAUCAUGGUAUGAUAAUUGGCCUCCUUUGGCAUCUGAUAUGACUAGCGAAAGUGUAAAGAAAACUGUGUCUCCUAUUUUAUAUAAUUUUGUUGCUUGGUUGCUUGGCUACUCGGAUGAUCCAGCGGAGUCAGAAUAUGUUGAUCUAGAUGAGAAACUAGCCGUCAAGGCGUUUUCAAUCUGCCAAGACAUUGUGUAUAAUAGCAGUAGAGGAAAGACCCAAACACCAAAGUCCCUAGCAUUGGCUAUAUCUGUCAGACAAAUAUCAGGUUGUUCUGGCCUUAUUGAUAUCUUGAAUGGUCUUGGACAUUGUGUGUCCUUAUCCACCACAAUGUCUUAUGACACAGCAAUCGCGCAAUUGAAUAUCAAUAUAGCAAAUUUGAUUCCAAAAGAAUUCGUUGCAAAUGAAGCUGUCAACAUAGUUUACGAGAACAUUGAUUUUGGGGAGGAGAUCACUAAACAGACACAUGUGACUAACGGUAUUGUUACUCAGAGGAUCACGUCAGAAAAGCAAGUUUAUCCGGAACAGACUGUAACGAUAAAAAAAUGCCAGCGGACGGUGAAAGUACCCAGUUCAAACGUCUUGCCUUUCAGUCUUGGAGUUAAAAAGACGCCCAAGUUUCAUAAUUCAGAAUUAGUUACUAAUACGACUGCAUGUAAAACGGCCCAACAACUUGAUUUGGCUUACGUGUUGAUUAAAAGUGUACCGUCAGAUGACUAUAUCGUUCCAGGAUGGACUGGCUUUAACACAAUACUGUGUGAGGAUAUAAUCCAGCCUGUUUCAAGGAUUGGUUAUCUUCCCGUUAUUGACGCAUCGCCAACAGAGUUUUCAACGAUUCAUGCUAUUCUAAAAAGGUGCACGGAAAUUGCCGACAAAUUGCAGCUACGAUUUGCAACACUGGUAUUCGAUGAAGCUAUAUAUUCUAAAGUACAGCAGAUCAGGUGGAAAAAUGACGUUUUCUACAAUCGUUUUGUUGUGCGGCUUGGGAAAUUUCAUGUGAUUAUGUCAUUUUUGUCUUCGGUUGCCAGGAUUUUUCAAGACGGAGGAUUAAAGGUAUGUCAUACUCAAACAUGAUAAGUACCAUGAAGAAAUUGCUGACACUAAGUCGUUUAUUUUUCUAUCAUUCUUAAUGAUAAACAUUUGUACGGACUUACUUUACUUACAAACAAAUUGUCCAAUUUUACGAAGGUUUUCACGUCUUGUAUAAGACGUGUCUUAAUUAACUUAUUCUCUACGUAACCGUAUAAGUGGUUCUAUUAAUCAAUGGCAGUUCUCUGAAAAGGUUUACAGGAAUUCCCAUACCUUUUUCAUUAAAUUAUAAUUUAUUAUUUUUCUUAGGAUGUCCUGAUCGAGUCUGGUCUUGUAAGCGAGGGAUCAAUUUCAGGUGUUUUAUCUGGUAAACACUACAACAGGUCCAUAACGAGUCACAAAAUUAUCUAUGAGGCGUUACAGCGUCUGCGAUUCGAAGCAUUCUUGGAAGCAUUGGACGAUGAAUCUAGAGAGAAUGUCCAAUUAGUUGUUCAGGCGGCGUGGGAUACUUUCUUUGAAGAUAAACUGAACGACUUCAUUCAAAGUGACCAGUUUGCUGAUUUAAUAGAUCGUUACGAUAACUUCAUCGCAGAAUCUUCAGCAACAUCGAAGACUUUUGCCUACUGGAGCAUGUAUAUUAGAAUGACAGGUAAAGCGAUAAGACAUAAAAAAACAAAUUGGCUGGUCAGGCAUUAUUCGAUAUUAUCUUUAAUGUUUUCUCGUUUUGCUUUCACAGGCAUUCUAUUAAUGUUUAUUCGAGCCACCAGACAGGUUGAUUGGGAACUUCAUUUGUCAGCAUUUCGGUCGAUGAUUCCCUGGUUUUUCGCGUGUGACAGAGUGAAUUAUGCGAGAUACGGUUCAGCGUAUUGGCUAGAGAUGACGUCCUUAGAAAAUACUCAUCCAGGUAUGUCAACAUGCCAAGGUGAUUACAUUUAUAUGACCGACACAAAUUGAGAUCACGAUUUUUAAAAACUUCCAAUUUUAUAAAUUAAUAAACUAAGACAUGCUCUUUCUGUUUGAUUAAAAGGUAUUCUACCAGAGUUGUCUUCUAACUUUUUUGUCCAGCGGCAAAGUGAUCAUGGUUUCUCAUCCGUGGCAUGCGAUCAAACCAUAGAGCAAACCGUUAAUCGAGAUUCAAAAACCAAGGGUGGUUUGACUGGCUUUUCAAUGAACAGAGCGUCUGUCCAUAGAUGGUUGCUGUCACAGUCAGAAAGAGCCGCAAUAACCCAAACGUGUAAAUCUAUGGCCGGAAUGGAUUGUAUUCCUCGGUAAAGUUUAUUCUAAUUUUUACUUCAUCAAACAGGGCCUUUUUUAACAUACUAGCUGUGGGUUGGGGGAGGGGGGCGAUCCCUAUCUGGCUCCAUAUCGUUAUCAAAACAUUAUUUCUUUCGAGGCUUAGGAAGGAUCUCGAUAGAACCAAGAGUGAAAGGCACGAGAAGUCUGUAAAUGAGGCUAAAUCCACCAUCUCAAAUAUGACAAAUCCUUUCAUUGGCGAACAGACCGGUCUUGUUAAUAUUUCAAAUGGCGUGGAAGUCGAUGCUUUCACUGCAGACGGAAUCCUCAAUGCUGAAGAACUUGGAGAAUGUCAGUUUUCUGAAUUUUGUCAAAAGAAUCUUUUUACCGAUAAUCCAGACAUCUUCAAUUCGAUUAAAAAGAACAAACUUAAAACAUUUUCGUCUGACAAUGUAAAGAUCAAAAACUGCAAAGGCCAGCUGAUUGCUUUGAAGACAGAUCGAAACCUUUUCGCCCGGCUACUUGUUAUGUCUAAAUCGCAGGAAUUGGACUUGAAAGAAUUACUCUCUUACAGUCUAAGCGAUCACCCGCUUUCCCUUGCUACGGUUACUGGAGGGCUUGUGAAAACGGCGAAGUCCAAGAUGUUCGAAAUUCUGAAAAGUAUGGUUGAAGAUCCAGUUGUGAACUUCGAGAGCAUUGGCGAACGUAAUGCACUUAUUGUUGACGCCUUUGCGAUCUUGCAUGCGAUGAAAGGAAGUUGGAAAACAUUUAGUGACUUUGCAGACGCUACAUUUGCUUUGUUGAUGAAGCUAGCCAGGCAAUCGAAAGCAGUUAGACUGGAUUUCGUUGCAGACAGGUAUCCAGUAAUUAGUAUAAAAAAUGCUGAAAGAUCAAGAAGAGCUGCUCAAGGAGUGCAGAGAGUUCGUAUCCUGAACAAAUAUCAGAAAGUUCCAAAGCAGUGGAGAAAAUACAUGAGCUCUGGAGAGAACAAAGAAUCGUUAGUGGCUUUCUUAUGCGAGUACUGGUGUACAUAUGAAACUUCUAAACUCAAUAAUUUAGAGUGUAUGUAUAUCACUUCAAAAGACAAAUGCUAUUUAUUAGUCCCUGGUUCCUCUCCAAAUGCUGUUCUACUACAUCAAGAAAUACGGGAACUAGAGAGUAACCACGAAGAAGCUGACACGCGUUUAUUGCUACACUCUCAAAACGCAUCAUUCAGUCACGACCGCAUAAUUGUUAAAUGUUCCGACACGGAUGUAUUUGUGCUGUGCAUCGCUAACCAGAACAACAUUACAAAGCCAUUGUUGUUGAUGACUGGCACUGGCAACAAACUUUGCAUCAUAGAUAUAUCAGCUAUCUCGCGUUCACUCGGUGAAGUUUUAUGCAAAUGCUUGCCAGGAUUUCAUGCUUUCUCGGGUAAAUAUUUUUAAGCUUUUUACCAGUUUGUGUUUGCUGCCUACACUAGUUUCAUUGACAACGUUACGUCUCCUUUUUAUAGGAUGUGAUUCUACGAGCGCCUUUCUUGGAAAAGGAAAACUCAAGCCUUGGAAAAUACUGGAAAACUACCCAGAAUUUAGAGAAAGUUUUUGUAAACUUGGAGAAUCGUUUCCAGUAUCAGAAGAUGUCGUUACUUCACUUAAUAGAUUCGUUUGCUUGCUUUAUGGCAACACAAUUUUGACGAGCGUUGAUCGUUGCAGGUACAGUCUUUUUAUUUCCGGAAAGUGUGGCGGCGAUGCUCUUCCCCCAAAUUCUGAUAGCCUGAUGAAGCACAUUGAAAAGGCGAAUUUUCAAGCAGCUACCUGGGUUCAGUCUUUGACAUGUCAACAAAAUCUUCCACCUGCAGCGGGUAAUGGUUGGAAAUUGGUCGGUGGGCAAUUGGAAAUUGAAUGGAUGACACGUCCCCCUGCUUCUGAUAUGCUUCUUAAUUGCAUCCAUUGUAGGUGUAAAACUGGUUGCAAAACGAUGCGCUGUUCUUGCGUUAAAUCUGGACUCAAAUGUAAUGAAUUGUGUGGCUGCAUAAGCUGUCAAAAUAGUCAGCAAGAAGAUGACGAAGAUUACGAGUUAAAUUUCGAUAGAUUACCCGCUUCUUCAAGUUCUUUUGAUAACGAACAAGAAAGCGAUGACGAGUUUUACAUGGACUAA